AUGUCGUGGGGCAUCCUUAUAGCUAGCAUAACAGUUCAUUUGAUUCUUAUAUAUUCAAUUUUCGAUGUUUAUUAUACAAGUCCCUUGGUCCAUGGAAUACCACCACAGUCUAUCAACAGUCAGGAUUUCCCAGCUAAGCGAGUCUUCGUUAUUUCAGCAGAUGGAUUACGAUAUGACACAUUCAACAAGUAUCCGGAAAUGUCACCAUAUCUCCAUUCAAUAAUGAACAACAGGAAAGGAAUCUAUGGUCUGUCCCGAUCACAUGUUCCAACAGAAUCACGUCCAGGACAUGUAGCCAUUUUUGCUGGAAUUACUGAAGAUAUCAGCGCAGUUGCAAAAGGGUGGAAAAAGAAUCCAGUACAAUUUGACGCGUUUUCAAUCUAUCAUCAAAUAGUUGGAUGUGGGGCAGUCCAGACAUUGUUAACCUAUUUGAUGACCUUCCCAAUGCAGUUUCAUAUUCAUACUCAGCUGAUGAAGAAGACUUCGCUGCGGCAGAUGCUUCCAAUCUGGACAAGUGGGUUUUUGACAAAUUCGAGAACAUCAAAGGUUCAACCCGAGUUUCGAUUGAAUGCUUACUUAUUUGUUUCAGUGGUCGAUGAAGGUGUUGAGAAAGUUCAAAAAAUCGUGGAUGACUUUUUCCAAGAUCAGAAUACCGCUUGGCUUUUCACAUCGGAUCAUGGAAUGACAGAUUGGGGAUCGCAUGGUGCUGGAAGUGAUGAUGAAGUGCUGACCCCGUUCGUUGCUUGGGGUGCUGGAAUAAAAAAGGGAGGCCAAAAAUUAGACAUUCAACAGAUUGAUUUGGCUCCUCUGAUUUCUUCUCUGAUUGGCUGUCCGAUUCCUGUGAAUUCAAUGGGCAUACUACCAGUUCAAAUGAUGGAUUCUCGAAGUUCUAGUUACCAGUUCAAAGCUAUCGAGGCCAAUUUUAGACAGCUGAAAGAGCAGAUAAUCUUUCUGAGAAACGCAAAAUCGAAUAGAUUAUGGUUCCAUCAGUUCGAUAAAUUCGGAGACAAAGCAAUGGAGUCUCUUCAAAACACAUUGAUCAGCCUGGGACGAGAUCGUCGAUUUUCAGCGGCUACAUCACUGUUUGCAGAUAAUGCUUAUUUAAUGAAAGAAGCUAUUGUUUUUUAUCACCGAUAUGAUCGACAAAUGCUUGGAGCAGCUGUCAGUUGCAGUUUCAUUGCUUGGAUUGCUCUGGUUAUCUCAUUCCUUAAUAGCUCCAGCCAGCGGAUUAGCUACACUCUACUCGUUCCACAUCGAGUGUUUGUCACUCCUUUUCUCUGUUCUAUUGCAUUUUCCAUCUACUGCUCAUUGAGCUUUUCGCAGACUGUGUAUAUUAUCCUUCCCAUUUACCUGAUAUCCAUACUGGAAAAUCAUUCUGGACUGAUGAAAUAUGCCAGGGAACGUUCAGUUACUUUCUUCGCACAGCCUGAUUGGUUGAAUAAGUUGGUUUCAAAAGAACUAUUCGCCAAACCCUUUCUGACAUGUAUUGGAUUUAGUGAGUUUUUGGCUAAAUCAUUCUUUCAAACAAUUUCAACCAUUUCAGUCAUAACAGUUGGCAUCUUUGUCUUAACUUUUGUAGACCGUGCAUUUCUAGCAGCUGUAUUUGUUCUUCUAAUGUUUCUACCUCAAUUCUAUUCUGAUGCGAUUGUUUCCUAUUGGUCUAAAACGUGGAUGUUGACUUGCUUGAUCCUAUGCAUCUUCCCAUUUCUACCGGCAGUUGGUGUUUCCACCCAACUCCCUCUCUGCAUUCUUUCUCCACUAAUAACAGCCGCAAUAUGUCAUCGUCUUUCACGACGGCCGUGUUUAGCACGACUUCAGGAAUUACUCAAAAUUAUGGUUUAUGUUCAUUCAACCGUUGCUGUUUUUCUUGCAGUUGUGAACUACGGUUUCGACAAACCUCCUUCAAUUGCCCGAUGGGUCUCAUGGGUCUCAAUUCCGCUAUCUCUCGUUGCCCCUUCUCUUCUUUCUGGACCUUAUAUUCUUGAUCGAUUAGUUGCGUAUUCUCUUUGUUUUUAUGUCCCAUAUACGUUGCUAUCCAUCUCAUACGAAUCGAUGUUUGUAAUAGUAUUUCUGUUUCUAUUAGCCAUGUUCGUUCGUUUCGAGUUCGGCCAUCUCUCGGAUGUGGAACUGUUUCAACUUAAAAUUGAUUCAACCAAAGUAGCCACUGGUGGGUAUGUUGAAGUGCGAAGGACUGUCGUCUGUGUUUCUUUCGUCCUUUGCACUCUGUUUGGGACUGGAAAUUUCGCUUCAAUCAACUCAUUCAACCCUUCCACACUGAAUUUAUUUAUUUCUGUGUUUAGUCCUUUUAUCAUGGCAAUACUCUUGAUUCUAAAACUUCUGAUUCCGAUUCUUCUGGUGUCAUCUGCAUUUGCUUCUAUCAUCCGAUUUGAUCCUGAAUCGAUUCAAAGAUUGUGCUGCUUCUCAUUAAUAUUCACAGACUUCAUGUCGAUGUGUUUCUUCCACCAACUUAAAGAUGAUGGCAGCUGGCUGGACAUUGGAAUGAGCAUAUCCCAGUUCAUUGUUUCGAUGUGUAUUUCUCUGGCUCUAUUGGUGCUCUUGUCCAUAUCCAGCCAUUUAAUGGCAUUCGAUUUACUUAGAAAAGCAGCUACGCCUCGAUUGUCACAAGAAAUCGAAUCUGUCAACAGGAGUUUACUAUCAGACGAUGAAGCUGCAUGA